UGUGAAUGCCAAACAGCUGAUCACAGCGUGGCAGAGCGAAAAAGUGAAAAACUCUCUUAGUUUUAUCGAAAUUUCUGUGUUGUUUUGGUGCACGACGCCUGCUCGCCGCUGCUAAAAGGUGUAAAACUACUGUAAAUUGACUAAUUCUGCAAGCAAAUCUGCACAAAUAAAUCGGCGAAAAACCAGUCAACUUCUUCGACAGCGAUCUUCACUCGACUUGCAACAUUGAUGGGUUUUACCAAAGGUGCAAAAAGUCUGGCUGUUUCCUUGGUAAAAAACGUAGUCGGCAAUUCUCAAAGACUGCUCGAAUAUAAAACUCAGACUAGAGUCUCGCUGUUGUCCAGAUUUCAUUCAACUUGCGCUGGUAAAAUGGAGAAGGUGUAUCUCAGAAACGCGAGUGAUAGCCAGGAAUUGGACAUUGUGUUUCGCUUUGUGAAUGCGAAUUUGAAGAUGAACCGGGAGUUCAAUUUCCGUCGCCAAAUGACCGAGCCCAUCCAGGCGAUUUUGGCCCGGAUUCAGAGUAAUAUUCAAGGCAGGCUGGCAAAGUCGUGCAAGAAAUCGAAAACCAAACCACCUGCUGAAAUCAAUGUGAAGCUACUGAGUGACGAAUAUGAUGACAAACUGAAUGAACUGACAUUUGCCGAUCUAUUCACCCGGGAGGAUGUGAGCAACGUAAAACUGCAGGUGCUAGAUACAGUCUACGAUCUGGUGUUCAAUCCACCAUGGAUUUCAGCCCUUAAAUUGCCCUCGUGCGUUUUGGCGGGAUUCGUGACUUACCCGACCAAUGUUCAGAUACAAUUCGGAGAGCGCCAGUUCAGCAAGGGAGUUUGGUCCAAGGCCAAGAGCCCCACAGACGACGAUUGGGAGGUGUGCGGAGAAGGAUUUCAGUAUCUGGUGGCGCCUGCGGAUGUUGGUUACCAUUUGAAGUUCGAGAUAACGCCCGGAAAUGCGCAGGGAAUGGCUGGUCCUGUGGUGGAGAAGAUAUCCAGCUCUGCGGUGCAGGAAUCUCCCGGAUUUUGUCCGUUCCAAGAUCGCCACAGGCACACCCCGAACUUUUUGGGCGAACCCAAUGAGAUUCGGGUGGUGUCCUACAAUCUGUUGGCCGAUUUAUAUGCCAGUAGUGACUAUGCCGGCAGCACUCUGUUUUCCUAUUGCCCGGCGAAAUAUCUGCAAAUAGACUAUAGGAAGCCACUGUUCAUCAACGAGAUCAUCGGUUACAACUCCGAUAUUCUCUGCCUGCAGGAGGUCGAUCAGCGGAUAUUUGAUUUUGAUCUAAAGGAAAUCCUGGAACAACCUCCUUAUAACUAUCGCGGCAUAAUGGCCCCAAAGGGCAAAUGUGCGGAGGGAGUGGCCAUUUUCUACCGAAACUCACGCUUUGACCUCUUGGACACCCAGGUUCUGCAUUUGGGAUCCAAUAUUCCCGUACUGCCCGUUUUCGAAAGCCUUUGGAACAAGAUCAAAGUGAACGCACAAUUAGCAGAACGAAUUUGUGAUCGGUCCACCACUCUGCAGACUUGUUUGCUGAGGAUCAAGGGUACCGAUAACUACGUUCUGGUGGCCAAUACUCAUUUAUAUUUCCAUCCGGAUGCUGAUCACAUUCGACUGCUGCAAAUGGGAUUUUCCAUGCUAUUUGUAGAGCACUCAAUUAGCAAAGCUUUAAAGGACUUUAAUAUUAGUAGCCCCACAAACAUUGGACUGAUAUUUUGCGGCGAUUUUAAUAGCGUUCCCGAGUGUGGUAUCUACAAGUUAAUGACGCAGCAGCUUGCCGAUAAUUCUCUGGAGGAUUGGCGAAGUAAUGCCGAGCAGGCUGUUUCGAAUGUGGAGCUCUCACAGCCGUUCAAAAUGGGCUCCGCUUAUGGGGCACCGGCGUAUACCCACUACACCACCCUGUUUUCGGGUUGCUUGGACUAUGUAUUCUACCAGAGCGAUCGCUUCGAAAUGCUGAAGGUGGUUCCACUGCCCACAGAGGAGGAGUUGAAGGCCAACUCUGCGAUACCAUCGGCUGUUUUUCCAUCCGAUCACGUUGCUCUUGUGGCCGAUCUUAAGUUUAAGUCAAAUGCCCCAUGAAUUUGGGGCAUGUAUACGCCAUUUAGAAUAUCUCGGGGAUUUCUCAGCACGCCAAAUACUAUGCUUAAAUGUAAUGUAAUACGAUAUUACGAUAUUUACCUUUUAAAUAUACGUUUGAAAUACUUUUUCUAUAUUUAUCCAACGAAUCAUCGCAUAUUAACAAGUAUCUAUCAUUCCUUAUAAGCCUUGCGAAAGAAACAAAUAACCGCGUAGAUUUAAACGAAAGUAAAACAAGGAAAAUAAACCGAAAUAAAUUGCGGAAUGAAGUGACAA